AUGUUGAGGCUCAAAGCACUGCCGGUUCCUGACAACAUGGAUGCCCACCAUCUCGAAGAGCCACUCGUCAAGUUUUCCGUCGACCUGUACAAAGAGCUCGUCGCGAAGACGCGCCACAAGGAAAACAUUUUCUUCUCACCGUUCAGCAUUUUCGCGGCACUCUACAUGUCCCUGGCCGGGGCGCGAGGCAACACUGCUAAGCAGCUCGCCAGAGUCCUGCACGCCAAUAGCGAAGAUAUUCACGAUCAUUUCUCCAGUCUUCUCUCCAAGUUGGGCAGUCUCUCACCCGGCGUCAAAUUGAAAGUAGCCAACCGAAUGUACUCGGACCUGGUGUUUCCCGUCUUGGACGGCUACCUAUCCCUCCUAGGAUCUUCUUACGACGCUACCAUUGAGGCAGUAGACUUCAAGAACGACCACGAGAAGGUCCGAGCCCAGAUAAACGCCUGGGUCGAAGACGUCACAGAAUCGAAGAUCAAGGACCUGUUGCCAGGAGGAAGCUUAGACGACACGACGUGUCUAGUACUGAUCAACGCCGUGUACUUCAAGGGCCUCUGGGACAUGAAGUUCGACGAGAGGUUCACGCGCCGUAUGGUCUUUCACCUGGACUCGAGGAAGAAGAGAAGCGUGGACAUGAUGCACAGGAGUGACGACUUCAUGAUGUCACACAGCGAUGAACUCAAGGCGAACGCUCUUGAGUUACCGUACCUGGGCGGCAAGGCCUCCAUGAUCGUUAUCCUGCCCGACAGCUACGACGGACUGUCGAAGCUAGAGAAGAGGCUGAACGCCGAGAACUUGCUUCGGCUCUCGAAAAGUCUCACUCGUCGCAGAGGCAUCGACUUGUACCUCCCAAAAUUCAAGCUGGAACAUUCUGCGGCACUCAGGAAGACGCUGAGCUCCUUGGGAGUGAAGGAUCUGUUUAAGCCCUCUGCCGAUCUCACGGGAAUAACCGCGAGUGGGAAGCUGAUGGCCUCAGAAGUGUUUCAUAAGGCCUUCGUGGAGGUCAACGAGGAAGGGACGGAAGCUGCUGCUGCGACAGCGGUGGACUACGUGCUCUGCUGUGCUUCUCCCGAGUUUAAAGUAAACCGGCCCUUCAUGUUCAUCGUACGAAGCCUUGAUCCGGACUGCGUACUUUUUAUGGGUUCUGUUCGCGUUUUAGGAACGAAGGAAUGAUGAUCACAGAAGCCCAUUGUCAUUCAGGUGGAUCGAAUAGUCGAUGUACAGACAAUGAAUGAAGGAAGGGAAUUCUUGAGGGCUUGUUUUCUUUGUUUCACACAACCUUAAUGAAAACCAGCAGAUAAUGAAAGCAAGGAAAGUAUAGGUGGCGUUAAUUGUAUUGUUUUAAGUGUAUUGUAGUAAUUGUGAUAUAGAUGGGAAGAAAGUAAAGCGCACGAAAAGACAACUUGCCGCCAGCAGGGACCGAACCUGCAACCUUCGGGACAGACAAGAUAUAUAUGAGUCAAACCGAAGCGAUAAUUGGUGAUGCUGCAUUGU